AUACCUAUAGAGGUAGCCAAAUUCAUUUUCAUUUCGGUUUGUCCCGCUUAUGAAAAGAAUUGUUUCGUAAAUAAAAUAUUUUGAUCAAUAUGGCAUAUUUAACUCAACCAGACUAUGUGAAAUAUGUUUGUUCCUGUGGACAACUGAAACCAAUCACACAUUUGUAUUUCUGCCGUCAUUGUUUGAAGAUACGCUGUGGAUUUUGCAUAUGUCAUGAGGUUGAUUCCCACUACUGUGCUAACUGCCUGGAGAACAUGCCAUCCUCCGAGGCCCGGCUGAAGAAGAACCGUUGCAGCAGCUGCUUCGACUGCCCGAGCUGCUUCCACACGCUGUCUACCCGGGCCACACUGGCUCAGCCGAGGCAGCCUGCACAGGAAGGUGGGGGUGAUGCCAAAGUGGAAAAUAAGCAGCCUAAGAAAAUGUACUACCUGUCUUGUUUCAACUGCCGGUGGACUUCCAGGGAUGUGGGGAUUCCUGAUCAGCCUGUUGCGUCGGGCGGUUGGCCAGAACGCACGAACCCGUUCGCGACGCGCAUCAACCAGCUCCUGGACUAUUACAAGGCUAUAGCCCAGCAGGAGAAACAGGAGAAGUUGGAGAAGGAGAGGAAGAAGUUCGCUAUAAGGGGGAAAUACAUCACGUUGACGGAUAAAACAGGCCUAACAGGCGCCAUGGCGCGUAACAUAGCGGGUUUACCAUCUGAAGGGGGCUCGUCUUCAGCCAUCGCUGGAUUCGUGGCAAGUCAGCCCAGUGAAGAGGUAGAGGAGUUACCGGAAGACGUGUACACGAAGGAAAUCAACCUCAAACAGAUAACCAGCAUGCCACAGCGGCUAGCUUCCCCGGAGUGGCAGCCCACAUCAGUGUCCCGUCUCCAUCCUCUCGCCAAACUUCUCAGCGUGAAACGGAGCCAACGGUGUAGAGCGUGCGACCACAACCUCACUAAACCGGAGUUCAAUCCUGGAUCCAUCAAAUUUAAGAUCGAACUGCUUGCUUACUACCACGUCCCGGAAGUGAAGAUAAUAUCUUUCGAAACAGUGAAACCCGGUCAGACGACGGCGUUACUGCUCAAACUGACAAACCCCACGGGUCACGAGAUGCAGCUAAAGUUGAUGCAGCCUGAAGAUCUACCACCAGUCGAGAGCAGCGAGGAGACAACCAUAGACAAGAGUUUAGAGAAGUCACUUAAUUUGGAGAAGGACGCAUCGUACAAGUCCGUGUCGCGGGCGCCGGCGCUGGGCGCGAGCGUGCGCGUGCGCGGCGCGGCGCGCGCGCUCUCCCUGGCGCAGCGCGACGACGCGGCCGAGUACGACGACGACGCGGCCGGCGGCGGCGACGGUUUCAUCAUCUGGCGCAAAUCCAACAAGGUGGCGGUGCGCCUCGAGGUGGAGACGCCCCCGUCGGCGGCGCCCGGUACAGCGGCGCGCGCGGCGCUGGCCGUGCAGCACUCGUACCGCAACACGGUGCCGGCCGCGCAGCCGCCGCACGAUCACACGCUGCACACUGUACUUUUGUUAGAUUUGGGCACCGUUAGCGGGUAGUUUGAAAAUUUUGAGGGUAGUUUAAAAAAUCUAUUGAUCCUUGUUGGCGAUGGGGUAGUCUGUCACUAUUUAAAUCUCGAGUCCACUAUUAAGCCGUGGCCUUUCAGACUUUUUAAGACUGUUGGCUGUGUCUACCCUGCAAGGAAUUUAGACGUGUAUCUAUGUAGGUAUAUAUGUACAUAAAAACUAAAUUCACGCGUACAAUUUAUAAUGCUCAGCCUAUAUGAGAAUGAAACAAAAAUGUUUAGCUAGAUAUUAUUGUAAAUUAUUUGAAAGUUAAUGCGGUUUUGCUAUGGAUCUUGUCAUGUUACUUAAAAUAUCAAUGUUCAGCACUUUAGAUAGACAAUAAAUUCUUAUAAAUCUUCCAUCUGGCAGUAUCACAUGUAAAAAAAAUUGCUAUUAUUAUAUAAAAAAAAAUUGUGUGCUAUUUUAUUAGGACAGUCUUUUAUAUAUAAAACGAAUUAGUGCCUAAAUUAAGUCACGCUUAUGCAAAUUGGGAAUUCCAUUACGAGAUACAACUUAAGAAGUUUGAUUUAUUAAUUUAUUUAUAUAGCCUUAACUUAGAAUUAAGUUGAAUUUAGGUUGUAAGUAUAAUGAGUUCUCAUUACUUUUAAUUUUAUUUUGGUAAGCUUUUCUAAUAAAAAUAGUCAUAUUUAUUUUAAGGAUCAUAUAUUACUUUCAAAUCUUGCAAGGUUUCAUUUUGAUUUUUACUAAAAUUGUGCAAUAUUUUAGUUAAAAAUUAUGUGUAUUAACAGAAAAUAUAUUUUACACUUUUACGUAAUUUAUCACAGUGUAACAAUAUUGUUUGGUUAUAAUUAUG